UAUAUCGUAAAGUGUUAAACGGGGUCGUAACAGUGUUGUUUGUUUUAUAUGGAUUUAACUUGUAUAUAUAUGUAACAGAUCUUUAAACUUCAAUAGAUUCCGGUGAUAUGAUGAGUGAAGAAAAGGAGCCGUUGCUGAGGAGUGACGGAAAUGAUGGAUCAGUAAAAUACACCAUAUCUGAUGCAGAUCCUAUUCUCUCCUAUCCUGAAACAUACAGCGAAGGACCAAGCAAUGCAGUCAAAACGGUUUACAGAGAAAGAACAAGAAGUACGGUGGAUAGCCAAGAGACUGUUACUCUGUCCUGGGAAAAUAUAAACCUUCAGGCUAAAAAGGGUUCUAAACAGAUACUUAGAAAUGUGUAUGGCCAUGUGAAGCCAGGGACGCUCGUUGCUAUUAUUGGUGCCAGUGGAUCUGGCAAGACAACUCUACUAAAUGUACUAACGUCAAGAAUAGACAGUUCAACAUUAACAUAUUCAGGCGACAUUAGAGUAAAUGGUGCAAGAAUAGGCACUGGGAUCCGAAACAUCUCUGCCUAUGUUCAACAGGACGAUCUAUUUAUAGCGACAAUGACAGUUAAAGAACAUCUCGUUUUCAGGGCGUUACUACGAAUGGAUAAAAAUUUGUCUAAAGCUAGAAGACUGGAACGGGUAGACGAAGUCAUAAAAGAGCUAGGUCUCCAAAAAUGCCAAAAUAAUCUCAUAGGAAAUCCAGGCAGAAUAAAAGGAAUAUCUGGAGGAGAAAUGAGAAGGCUGUCGUUUGCAUCUGAGAUCUUGACCAAUCCUCCACUUCUGUUCUGUGACGAAGCUACCUCUGGGCUUGAUUCUUUCAUGGCCGAAAAUAUUGUUCAAACACUCAAGACCAUGGCUAAUAAGGGGAAAACGGUUCUCUGUACCAUCCAUCAGCCAUCAUCAGAUGUAUUCUCUUUAUUUCAUUAUGUUUUGGUGAUGGCUGAGGGACGAGUUGCUUUUAUGGGAGAAACAGAGGAAGCGCUCAAGUUCUAUGAGAGUGCUGGAUAUGUUUGUCCAAAGAACUUUAACCCGGCCGAUUUCUAUAUUUUGACCAUGGCAGUAGUACCGGGAAAAGAAACAGAACGUCAACAUAGAAUUGAGGAAAUAUGUGACAAUUUUGAUGGUACUGAUUAUGCUAAACAAAUCUUCAAUGACAACACAUAUAUGAAGGAGAAUCAAACAGAUUCGGGUGUGAUAUAUGACGAAGCCACAAGUCAUUCAUCCAGGUACGAGGCCUCGUGGUGUCAACAGUUUCAGGCGGUUUUUAUGAGAUCCUUGAGAACGGUAUUCAGGGAACCGAUGGUGACACGGGUCAGGGUCGCACAAACUAUAGUAAUUGCAGUUGUGCUAGGUCUCAUUUACCUUCGGUUAGACGUUAGCCAGACAGGCGUUCAGGACAUCAAUGGUGUCCUCUUCCUUCUCCUCAUGAACAUGACUUUCUCAAACGUUUUCGGUGUCUUGAAUGCAUUUCCAUUAGAGACACCAAUAUUUUUCCGGGAGUAUGGCAUAGGUCUUUACAGAGUAGAUAUUUACUUUUUAUGCAAGUCAUUUUCUGAGCUACCUACGUUCAUCAUUAUUCCGAUUGUGUUCUGUGCAAUAACUUACUGGAUGGUAGGACUGUAUUCCACCUUUAGUGCUUUUUUGUUUUUCACUGGUGUGAUGCUAUUAGUUUCAAAUAUUUCAGUUUCGUUCGGCUAUAUUGUUUCAACAAGUGCGAACUCCGUUACAACUGCAUUGGCCCUUGCUCCACCUCUUAUGAUUCCGUUGAUAAUGUUUGGCGGCUUCUUCUUAAACAAAGACUCAGUCCCGGUGUACUUCAUUUGGUUAGAAUACUUAUCAUGGUUCAAAUAUGCAAAUGAGCUGAUAGCUAUUAACCAAUGGGAAGACGUUGACACAAUACCUUGCACAAACAACACAGGCUCAGCUUCAGGUGAUGAUGCAAAACCAGGUCCUAAACGGUGCUUAUACGACAGUGGCCAAGAUGUUAUAGAUUAUUUAAACUUUGAUAAGGACAAUUUAUGGCUUGAUCUGGGUGUGCUGAUCGGCAUGAUGUUUGCAUAUAGACUUGUUGCUUAUAUCAUUCUGUUGUUAAAAGCAAGACUCUCUGUAAAAUACAAGAAGGUGAAAGAUGAUCCAAAGCAGACAAAUGACAAAGAGAAACCUGUAUUUUACUGACAUUGUACCUGUUCUAUAUCACAAAAACAGUUAUAAAACCUGAUACCAUGACAUUUGCAGAAGUCUAGUGUGAAUAGAAAAUUAUAAAUAAAAGCGUAAGACAUAAAAGCCCUUCAUUUGCUUACAUGCGUACGACUAUUCUUAAACAUAAUCUUGUUAUUAUUGGAUUUUCAAGGAAACGGUUGAAUGUUGUAUAAUAUGUCAAUGUCCGUCAAUGUACGUACAUCUGUGACUUGUUAUAUAGCAAUGUCUAUACUUAUAAAUCAUGAUCUUAGCAGUUUGUGUAAUCAAUAGGCAUUUAAGGUAGUCGUAAAUAUCUUUACAUAUAGUCCAUGAUUUGAGAUAACAAGAUACGCCUCGAACAUUCGACUCAGAAUUAGCCAUGUUUGUACUCCAAUUACUAAUAAUAAUCAUGCUAACUUUCAUUUAUUGUAAGUGUCUUCUAAUUUAAGUACACUUCUUACCUUACUUUUUUUCUUUGUUUUUGCGACUAUUUUGAUUAAAUGUCAUACUUUAGUUUCUGCAAGGAAGAAGAAAUUUUAGGUACUGCUGUUGACAAUCCUGAAAAAAUAACUGUUACACUUUUUUUUAAUGAAUAUCGGCAUUAUACCAUUAAGCAUUCUGAAUCGUUUUACUCCGUUUUAUCCAGUGACUGACGUUAAAUUUCUUGUAAAUACUUAAUUUAUUCUUAUUUUAUAUCGUUCAUUAUUGAAAUUUAUGAAAAAUAAAUUCUUUGUUAAAGUUGAAA